GUCAAAGCUUGAAUUCUGCCGAUCUGCGGCAUCGUGGGCUGGCCAAGAUUGUUGCUGCAAGAGAGAGUUUGAUAAAGAAGAUGGUAGUGAAAUUGGUGGGUUUCCGGAGAUUAGGGUGUCGGAGUAUACGGAUGAGAUAGAGGAUGUCGCGGAAGACAUGGGUAAACUACAAAUUGAGAGGUGUGGGAGCAAUUCUGAUGAUUCAAAACCAAUGGGGCCCAGAAUUCCGCUGCCGUGGGAGCUUUUGCAGCCAGUGCUUAGAAUUUUAGGACAUUGUUUGCUGGCUCCUUUGAAUUCGCAAGAUGUCAAGGAUGCAGCUUCCGUUGCUGUCAGGUGUUUAUAUGCAAGGGCUUCUCAUGAUUUGGCACCGCAGGUAAUAUUGGCCACCCGGAGUCUUAUUCAGCUUGACAACAGAACUCGUGCGGCUGCAAAGGCUGCUGCUUCAGCAAAUUCUUCGUCUAAUGCUAAUACACCCAGCAAAGAUAAGAAACCAGAAAUCCUAUUGGUCUCAAAAUAAACGUUCUGAAUGUCAUUUGGUUUGCAGGUAACAGAUGUUGUAUAGUGGAUCUGAAGCGGUUGAACAUUACUUUCUUUAGGAUAAUACUGUUUGAAUGUCUGUAAUCUUGUAUGAUGGUUAAAUUUCUCACUAAGCUACAAGCUUUUUGAGUUGUACUUUCAUAGGAUUUUACAGUACUUGUGUUCCGUGGCUGAGUAGACCUCUUUGGUUAGAAGUUCAUGAGCUUGCUUAUACAUGGAGGGGGUUUUUUUUUUUCAUUCUUAAUAUUUUUUUUUAAUUACAGUUGGUGUGUAUUGUCAAGGCUAUAAAUAACUCAAGUUUUAUA